AUGAAUAAGACGGCAAAAGAGUAUGUGAAACGGGGAAAGAGGAGAAAGAAAGUAGCACCCGCUCAAGUGGAGGCGCCGAAUGAAAAGAAAACAUUUGACAAUAGAUUCGCUCUUGAAUCUCCACGAUCGAAUUCUACAGUAAGGAAUACAGAAGAUAGGGAGAAAGUUGAAGUGAAAAAUUCGCGCAGCCGGCGACUUCCUCACAUAGCUCCUCUUGUAGCACAACUCCCACAAACAAAUGAUACUGAAAUUCUCGAGCUGAAGAAUGGUAGUGCGGAUAUCACGAGGCAUGUUGACACUUCAUCUGAAGUCGACACAGGAAGCCUUCCAGUUGUCCGCACUUGCACAGAAAUCGCGUUUAGUCCCGCUACGACAAGACGGAGGAACGAAAAUAUGACGAGCUACGAGAGAAUGCUUCAACGUGAAAAACGUAGAAGUAGGAAGAAGAGCGUGCGUUCCUACACUAUUUUACAUAUGGAAACAGAAGAUCAGGAGACUGAAUCCAUUGAAGGAUCGACGCUGCAUGUUGUUGAAGAUGAUGCCGUGACUGCUCAGUCGAGCGUUUCCGUUCGCAGUCGCUGUUCGAGUUUACAAGACCCGAACCAAUGUUUGCUAAAAUAUGUUGCUAAGCUAUCGAGCUCUCCUAAUUUAGAAGAUUCCUUGGACUUGGAGUACAUUAAGUCCUUGAUACGCGAAGGAGCAUCCGUGAACACGUGUGACAGAUUUGGUCAGACCUUACUUCACGAGGUGUCCAAGACUUGGGGAAUUGACGUGGCGCAGUUUUUCAUCGAGCAAGGUAGAUACUGUUUGUUUGUGGGUAUAAAUUUUGUGUUGACCUCCUCACAUUUGUCCAUAUUGAUCACCACUAGAAUGGACAAGUACACUAGAAUGCUCCUCUAGCAGGGUCAAAAGGUCACUCAUAUCGAAGAUCAAUAAGGAUUAAAGUGGCGCUUGUAAAUCCAACUUAUCGGUAAUACCGGAUGAAGAACACAAUUUAAAGUCCAAAACACUUCGGAUUCUCUCAAUCAUCGGCGUUUUCUUUUGUUCUUUCUUUCUCACUAUUUAAUGGAAUUUUCUUACCAGGUAAUGAGAAAGUAACCUAAAUGCUAACUGUACAUUUAUAUUACCUUUGUGUUAAAACUACUCGGUAAACUUGAACAAAGAAAGCUGUACUUUUCCAGCAAGGGAAACAUCGCAAACGUACUGAUUGAGUCUCAUCUGAUAUAAUUUCAUUCUACUCUGCGUCAGUGGCACGCACUUGCAACUCCAAGCGGCUCAUGUAUGCGCAUUGGGGCUAUGAUACACGCUCCUUGUUUUGAUACUCUAAAGACUGCUUGGUUGGACCUGCUAUAGUUCUUUUCUCAGUCAGUAACAAAUUAGUGUCCGUUCACAGGGGCUGACAUCAACAAAGCCGAUGACUAUGGUAGAACACCUUUACACGUGGCAGCCUCGGCUGAUUAUUCUGAAAUGGUCAGAUUUCUUAUCGAUAAUGGUGCUGAUCUUCACAUGAAGACUGCAGGUGAGGACCAGACUCCGUUGCAUUAUGCCGCGAAGAAUGAGGCUAAUCAGUGCGUUAAGAUUCUGCUCGUUUGUGGAGCUGAUAUCGAUGCUAGAGACUACAAACUCCGUACUCCCCUGCAGGUUUGUUGAAUACUUAUAUCUAGAGCUUAUUGGCUCGACAUUUUGUUACUCCAAAAAUGGACGUUUAGGCCUGAAGAGGGGGGAGAGGGUUGGACUAUUUUGGGCGGAUCACAUGGUUUUUAAGGGGAAACGUAGGAGGGGGAGGGGUGCAAUCGCUGCAAUAAACAGAGUACGAAGAGGUGACUAUAGUAGGGGGAUCAUUAGAAUACUACAGGUUCAGGUCAAUUUUAUUGUGACUGAAAUAACCCCCUCCCCCCAGGUGAUAAUUAAUGGACCGGUGCCUUAUUCUCGUGUAUUAUGGUGUUUUUUUGGUUGUUUUCUUUCUUUUUUUCCUACUAUAACUGACAUUACUUUAGUCGCGUAACCAAGACUUCUGAAAAUGCAUGAGCAAGAUGCGUCUGUGGAAAAAGUUGAAAGUGCUGUGUCUAUGGAAAAACGUUGAAUGAGUUCAGCUUUUACUAAUACGCACCAAGUCGUCCACUAAUUCUCUAAAUCCUUUUGCCUCUUAUAGUCAUUUAAAUACAUGGCUGGUGUUCCUCAUAAAAUAACCACAACCGUAACCAAGACUUCUGAAAAUGCAUGAGCAAGAUGCGUCUGUGGAAAAAGUUGAAAGUGCUGUGUCUGUGGAAAAACGUUGAAUGAGUUCAGCUUUUACUAAUACGCACCAAGUCGUCCACUAAUUCUCUAAAUCCUUUUGCCUCUUAUAGUCAUUUAAAUACAUGGCUGGUGUUCCUCAUAAAAUAACCACAGUUUGAGAGAUAGGGCAGUCAAGGAGACAACUUUUGGUUGCUUUCCAUCAGUGAUGCCUCUAACUUUUUACUAUCAAUUUGACAACAGUGCGUUUCUCUGGAGCUUUUUGCAUAGAAUUGAGUUCUCUUACGACCAUUCGGUUUUUAACCAAUGGAGGGAACUUUGGGGAAACUUGCUUGGUGCUAUCAACAGGUCCGCUGUCGAACGUUAAUUUUUUUUCUUGUUAUCAGUUGUUACUUAAUUUACGAGAGAAACCCCAAUUGUUGUCUUGUCUGUAGGUUGCUGCUGAAUACAAUAGUGCUGAGGCAACGCGGACGCUUCUGGAUGAGGGAGCCUCGGCCGGCGUCAAGGACGAUAGUGGAUUGUCAGCCCUUUCGCUACUUAUUUCUCAGAUGCCUGUUGUGGUGAGUUGUGUGCUUUACUAUUAAAUGAUAUUCUACAGUAUCAAAAUGGCUCUCAGCAAUUUCAUCCAUGCGACUCAAUCCAUGCUGCAGACGCCUAAGAACUCGUAUCAAACGAUGAGUCCUUCAAAUUCGUUCUGUAUUGAAUUCGAAAAAAAAAAAAAAAUCAAGGAUUUCCCUGGACAUUGUCGGCAGGGUGCAAAGCAAACUCCCACUGAAAAAAAUUUAUCUUGCGUAUUACUUACAGGCUUACAAAGCUCUAGACCAGUUCCACUCAGUCGACAGAAUUCAUCGAAAGCAACAUUUUUAUUUGAAUUUCCUGGAAAGUUGCCACUCCCCCAAGGGGUGCAAUGCCUUCGCCCCCUCCCCCUUACAAGCUGUUUCGCAAUCGAACUGUCUUGAACUUAUAAUGCAUCCCAUCUUUCAACGCCUCAUCGAUGUAAAAUGGAGAUAUUUUCGAGCCGAAGCUUGGUUAGAUAUUCUACCUAACGUGUUGAUGGCUAUACUAUACACAAUAUUGGCGUGUUCAGUACCCCAAAACGUGGACAACUUUUACACUCCUCUGAGUAAGAAUUGGUGGAGGAUAGUGAUCGAGAUAGUUUUUCUUGCCAUAACGCUUAAUGAAAUCAGAAAGGAAGGGAAGGAAUACUACCGAUCCAAGAAGCAAUCUAAGAAAUUGAUGAAGUGGAGAAGAAAGGAGGUGGAGCGCGACUUUGCAUUCUGUCAUCCCAGGUGGCCUCAGGAAAGAAACUUUGUAGAGCAAGAACUUAAAAGAAUCAAGCAGGAUAAGGGGAACAAUUAUUUCUCAGACGCUUGGAAUUUUGUAGACAUUAUUACCUAUGCCAUGCUUGUAGUCGUUACCAUUCUACACAUGAGCAGUGUCUUUGUCGAGAACAAUCUCUGCCAUGAUGUCUUCCUUCGUAUCUUGUCUUGCAGCGUGAUCCCCGUGUGGGUUCGUUUGCUCAAAUACGCCCGUCCAUUUCCCAACCAGGGGCCAUUUGUUGUGAUGCUUGACCACAUUGUCAAGGACAGUGCCAAAUGGUUGCUCGUCAUAAUGAUGAUUUAUAUUCCAUAUGGGGCCGCCUUCUGGAUUAUGUACGGUCAGAAUUCACAAACCCCCGUCAAAGGAUAUAACGACACAACGAGUUUAAUUUUCACCAUGCUCCGCAUGCCUUUGUUAGAUGACUAUAAUUUCGCUCAGCUAGAGAAGGCUGCCCCCUAUAUGGCACGCGUUCUUUGUGGCUCUUUUAUAAUUAUAUCCGCCAUUGUUCUGAUGAAUCUAUACAUCGCACUUUUGUCCAACACUUUCCAACGGGUUUAUGACAACGCACGCGCGACAGCUGCCAUACAGCGGGCUCGACUUCUUCAAGAUCUGGAGUUAGACACUUCAGAGAAUAAGCUUAGGCGCUACAGAGAAUAUAUAAGAGAGUACUACAGUCCCGAAGAAAAUGAUUAUAUUGCAGUUUUCUCGGAAGAAGAAGAACAGAGCCGGAGACAGGAUGAGAAAGUAUCUGAAAUUCAUAACAUUGUGAGUAAACGCUUCGGAGGAAAGAAGUUUGGUAAACUGGAACGAAGUGAGUUCGAUUCAGUUUUGGAUGAUUUAGACAUGCUCAAGCGCUCUCAUGCAGAGAUAAGACGCUCUCUUUCUUUGCUUACUUCAAACCUGGAGGAAUUGACCAGAUCGAAUGCAUUGAUAGUCGACGAGCGCAACCGAAUCGAUCGUUUUCAAGAACAAGAACACGUUUUAAAACGAUUAGAUUGUACAGUUGCAAGAAUAGAGGCGGUGUACGAUAUAGACAAUGGCCGAAAUCCUGGAAAACCACAACGAUACCACAAAGCAAAUCAAACCGAAUGA